AUGAGACAGACCAGGCAGGAGGGUGUGGAGCUUCUUGGGAGGGAUGUGCCUACUGAGGUGAUGCCCAUUAUAGAUGAAUACCUACGCAGCAGCUCAGAUGGACAAGCCAAAUGAGAAGCCUUCCAGGAAUUGAUAAGCAACGUUGUCAUGAACAUGAAUUUUUCCAGAAACCUCCAAGAUUCUGGGGUCUCCAUCUUUUUCUAUGAGUUCCAGCAUCGACCCAGUUCUUUUGCGAAGAUCAAGCCGGCCUGGGUGCGGGCUGAUCAUGGGGCUGAGAAGACCUUCAUCUUCGGGGGUCCUUUCCUCAUGGAUGAGAGCUCCAUGCUGGAAGCCACAGGGGAGGAGCAGGAGCUGAGCCUCACCAUGAUGGCCCAGUGGACCCACUUCUCCUGGACAGGCCAGGGAUCCCAAUGGCAAGGGGCUGCCUCCUUGGCCCCCAUUCAACUGUUCAGAGCAAUACCUGGAAAUCAGCCUGGUGCCACAGGUCAGCCAGAAGCUAAGGAAGGCCCGACAGCAGUUCUGGGCAGAGACACUUCCCACCAAGAUUGGGCAGUGGCAGCAGAAGCAGAAGGGCAGGAAGGCCCAGGGGGAGCUCGGAGGCAGGUCCUGGGUCUUCUGGGCUGGGGGCCAACCCGAGGGGUGGCCACAUCCCAACAAGGCAGCCUCCUUCACCCCUGCUAAGAGACUUUAACCCAAACCAGGCUGAUGGGUGGUCAUGUCCCUUAAAGCAUCAGCCCCUCCAUGACUCCUUUGACAUAUCACCUACUUCCCAUCUACAGGGCCUUUGCCCAAACUUCUCCUUCUUCCCACUUGCUUCAUGGCGAGGUCCAGCUCGCACCUCAAGCUCCCCAGAGGACCCUCCUCCUCUAGGAAGUCUUCCCUGCCUUCUCUGGUCCUGGCCCUAUCUGUGUCCAUUACAGCAUAGCCCACUCUAAGCUAGCAUUGUCAGUGUCAUUGUCAGUGUUUCUGUCCUCCUCUGAGAAGCUCUCUGAGUGUGGAAAUCAGCCUGACCCCACUCUGCAUCUCCCAUAGUAGGAUCAGUCAGGACUUGGAAUCAGAGGAUGCUUGGUGAGUGAGUGAAAGACUGAGAAAGUGUGAGAACGGUGACUGCUGGACUUGAACCCAGGCCCUUUAGGCACCACAGCUCCGCUUAGUUCUGCACAGGUGUUGUCCUCCCUGACCAGAAGAGUGGGCAGACUCCGACGGCAGAGACCUGGAGUCAGAGGAGUCCUGAGGCAUAAGGGGAUCCAGCCGAGAACAGAUCUCAGGCCCCACAGGCCUCUGACUAGGGCUGAGGGAAGUCCCUUUGUCCGUGCUGCCCAGUCUUGGCCCUUGUACAAGGCAGAGCAGAGUCCAGCAGGGCCAGAGCCCUGACCCUUGGACAUGAGAUGCAAGCUUCCCAGCGCCAGCACCUCACCCCUUUAUGGCCUGCCUGGGCUCUUUCCUCCCGCUCCAGCUAGGGAAGAUCACCUUCUGGGCUGCUUGGCACAGGUCGCGGAGCACCCACCGGGACACAGGAGAACAGGUUGGGGGAGGCAUCUGGACUAGUGCAUCAGUCAGGCUGUUGUCACGAGGUAGACGAGGUCUACCCACUCAGGCUACAACAGGUAAGAAGCAGCCAGAGGUUUUUGAGUAGGGGGGCACACAUUUCUUUUUUUGAGGAUCAAUGCACCGUUCCCUUGAGAAAUCUGGAUUUUAAUACAUAUCACAAUGACUUCCCCUGCCCCCGCUGAAUCCCAUCCUGCCGACUCUGGUCCCACAGGUACCCUUCCUCAGUCUGACUAAGUUCCUGGCUGCUGACGGUUACAUGAAAAACACUUGCAGGUGAGACCAGUUGUGUUUGGGGAAAGUUUAUCUGGGGCAGAAAAGAGAGUCAUAAACCAGAGGAGUUCUGAGUCCUGCCAUUCCUCUGCUCAAAAGCUCCCUGUCGCCCCCGGGGCAAGUUCAAGUUCUUUAUACCGGCCUUGAAGGCCUCCUAUUCUUCUCCCCUCUUUCCACCAGGAAACUUGCCCCCACAAGCUGAUAAGAGAGCCUGACAGGUUAAACAGGCCCCAUUCACAGUGUGUCACCGGGGACGGGAUGCAAAGGGCUAUAGGCGUGAGGAGGCAUAGACCGGCUGUGACUUGGGACAGGGGAGGGGGGACAUCUAAACUGAGACCUGAAGGACAAGCAGAAGUUGCACAGGCCAGAAGAGUAGGUUCGAGGGAUGGGAACAAAGAGGAAGGGUGUUCCUGGUAGAGGGAACGGCAGGAACAAAGGCCUGGAGGUUGAGAUGUGCUGAGAAAACACAGUUCUGUACAUCUGGAGAGGCCAGCAAAGACCAGACUGUGAGGGCCCUUGUGGGCUCGACUGGAAACCCGGGGAUGACAUGAACAGGUUGGAGGUCGUGGGUGAGAGCGCGGACAGGGAGAGCAGGGAGGGGGUCAGUGGGGGCUUCCGGGUAGGUGGAAGGCACUGGUGGGCUCUAGAUAUAGAAGUGACAGGCAGACCUGGUAUCCAAGGGGACACAAAGGUGGGAGAAGGAAGACUUCCCGGGGCUGCGUGGAGGCGGGCAGGACUGGCCUGGGAAUCAGGGCUCGGUUUUGACCAUGCUGGAUGCACAGACAGGCCUCUUCCUGCGGGCUUGAGGGUGCAGCACACCUGGCAACCACGGGGAGGCAGGGGUUGUUGGGCGGGGGACGUCACCAGCUUUGGUGUCACCAUUGCCAAAGGGCUCUGAGGGGUUGGGCAAGCCUGCUGGUGAGGCCUCAGACCCUGUCUCACUGCCAACUUUCCCUGCCUCUCCUCCUCCUCCCCCCAGCUUCUAGGAUUUUCUCCUCACGGGGAGGGAGGGGAAUGGCCUGGCACGGCCCCAGUGGCUUGGGGGAGUGCUCAGACAAGGGGUGCUCCUGGGAUUCCAGUCUUCUUGCCUCUCUAUUCUCCUUUCCCUGGGCCACUACUCACGGAACUCCCCCCCCCUGCCGGCCAGGGCAUCCUCCAUCCACCGAUGGCCCUGCCCCAGGACCCAGCAGCCACAGAGCUCAGGGGAGCAAGCCAGGGGCACCCACAAACUCAGACGGAACAGGCCCUGCAGGGCAGGGACUGGUAGACUCAGGGAGCCUCUCCGUGGCAGGGUGACAGGAAGGGUCCUGUGAGCACUGUGUGUGAGCACCAGGGGGUACUGCAGGAUCAGAUGUGCACACCUGGACCCAGCCACCAGGCAAGGGACUGGUAGAUGCUCCCAGUAGACACAGGCAAGCAUGUACGUACCCAGCGCCAGACAUAGAUACUCACACACAGAGGGACAGGCCAACAGCUCAGCCUCUCCUGGGGGCAGCAGGGCAGGGACAUUUAGACGUCUGGGAGGAUGGGUGGUAGAGAGCUGGGAGUGUGGACAUUUAUAUUUACAUUUUAAUAAAAUGUAUCUUAUAAUUUACAU